UUUUGUUUAUCAAGUUUUUAUGGCUUUUCUAUCAUAAUUCCUAUAAAAGUGAAAACUUUUUUAUCUCGCUGUGGUGUAGUGAAGGCUGUUAUCUACCUUCCUUAUUAAUUGUCUAGUCAAUGGUCCUUAAUUCAUUAGGUUACCCUUCUUGUUAAUGUUUUACCUUUAUUCUAAUAAUUUGUGUUUUGAUUUUGUGUUUGUGAUUUCGUUUUUGUCAAUAAAGUACUUGCUCAAUAAAAUUUAAAAAAAUGGCCCCAAAUAAAAGGAAACAUCCUAGUUCAACACCAACAAAAACUACUAACCAAAUAAUAAAUAAUAAAAAAGGACGAUUCAACUUCAAUCAAAUAGAACUUCCAGAACUAAGAACAGAAGGGGUCUUACUGGUUAGUGGAUCAGGAGAUGUAGGUCAGUUAGGCCUAGGUCCUGAUAUUCUUGAAAAAUCUAGACCCGCCCUGGUUACUUCAAAGCAUGAAAUAGUUGAUAUUUACGCUGGUGGAAUGCAUACUGUAUGCUUAACCAAAGCAGGUAAAGUAUUAACAUUCGGAUGUAACGACGAAGGAACUUUGGGACGAUUAACUGAGGACGAGGAUGAUUCCUUUGUUCCUGGAGAAGUAGCCAUACCAGGAAAGGUCAUACAAAUAUCAGCUGGUGACUCGCAUAGUGCUGCUUUAAUGGAUGACGGCCGUGUGUUUGCUUGGGGUACAUUCAGAGAUUGUCAUGGUGGUAUGGGUUUGUCAGUUAAUGGCAGCGAACGUCUUCCAAUUGAAAUAAUAAAACAAAAAAAAAUUGUAAAAAUAGCCUCUGGCGAUGACCAUUUGGUAUUUUUAACCGACACUGGAGAAGUUUGGACUUGUGGCCGUGCUGAACAAGGGCAAUUAGGUAGGACUACAAAGAGAAGCAGUGACAGAGCGGAAAUACGUAAAAAUGGUGAUGGCAUCAAAACCUUCGUUAACCCUGCACCAAUAAGCUUGAAACCAAGUUUAAAACUUCGCUUCGACAACAUAUGGGCCAGUACUUCUGGGACAUUUGCUAAAGUAGCAAAUAAGGACGAUAUUUAUGUAUUUGGUCUAAACAAUUUCCACCAGAUAAGCUUGGGUCAAGUUGAAGCACAAUACCUGCCAAAAAGAAGCCAAGAUUUCUCUAAAUACAAGUGGCAACAUAUUACAGGCGGAAUGCAUCAUACUUUAGGAUUGACUGUAGAUGGAGAAGUGUAUGCCAUUGGCCGGAAAGAAUAUGGCAGAUUAGGCUUGGGAAAAAAUUGUGAGGACGCUACCAUUUUAACAAAAAUUAAAGGAUUGACUGGAACAGUUGUAGUGAACAUUGCCUGUGGUUCUAUGACAUCAUUUGCUGUAUCAAACAAAGGUCAACUAUAUGGCUGGGGCAUGGGAACAAAUGGUCAAUUAGGACUAGGAAAUGAUGAGGAUGCAUUCGAACCUACCCCUAUUGAAAGCAAACAGCUCAAAGAUAAAAAAGUAAUGAGAGUAUCUAGUGGAGGGCAGCACACUCUAAUAUUAGCCACCACAACUGAAAAGAAGAUAAACGGACAUUAAUAGCAUAGUAACAUAUUCUUGAACGUAUUUAUUGGCCUUCUUAUCUCAGUUUGUCAGUUUUACUCCAAACCAGCAUUACCAAAUAAACAGAAGUAGAGACAAACCUAAUCAAACAUUAAACAUUUUCAACAGAAGGUUGAAUUCUAUAUUAAUGAUAUUAAUGGAUUAAGGAAGUGAAGUUUUAGAUUGUGUCGGGUAGGGCAAUAAAUGGACCAACAAUUUACUAAGAGCGAACUAAAAAAAAACUUAAUAAAAAAAAAUGCAUAGUUUUCUAAGUGAUUAUAGCACCUUUGUAACAGCAUAUCAUACAAAACAUAUUAUUCAAUAUAAUUUUAAGGCUUGUAAACUCAUCUAUAUGACCGUGUUUUGUCUAAAGGCAGAUUAGGCAUGUCUUGAUGUAGGUUAAUAGGUAAGCAAACAGUUUUGUAACUUCCAGGUGCUUUUGUUAUUUCAAAAUCCGUUUUAAGAGAUUGUCUCGAAAGAUUUUACGUAAUUUGGCAAACAUCGUAUAAGAAAAUGAGUUCGAGUAUUCGGUUUAGUGGCCUUUAUUCCCUGAAAAGUUUAUGUGUUGAGGAAAGUUAAGUUGUAUACAAAUCAUUGCAAAGUAUACAAGUAUGUAUUGCUACCUGAACUUUUUGUAAUAGUGUAUCAAUUUUGUUUCCAGUAGUGUUACCUACUUAUUUGAAGUGCAAAUAUCAUCACACAAAUUAAUUUAACUCUCCUCUUUCAGGAUGUGUCUGUGAAUAUAUAUUUGUUAAUAUAGGUAGGGCAAAUUUAAAAAAAAAAAAAAGUAAAGCAGGCUAUUUUGAUGUUAUUAAUGUUUUCUUUACUGGUAUUGUAAUCUCGUACCUAAUUAUUCAUAUGUGAUGAAUUUUUCUCUAGUUUAAGUUAAUAAAGGCAGUUUUGUAUGUGUUAAAAC